CCAAAGUACACCCAUAUCUACCUGUCGCAUGGAAAUCUGGGUUACCGGAUACUAAGUUAGUAGGAUGCACUCCUUGUUAGCACUAGAGGAUGUGACGCGCGGAAAACUCCAGGAAACCGGGUGAUCUGUUUGGUAGAAACGUUUACAUUACAUCCUUGUUUGAUUACAGCCUGGGUUGACGCUUGCUACAGUCCACGGUCCCUGGGUUGACGCUUGCUACAGUCCACAGUCCCUGGGUUGACGCUUGCUACAGUCCACGCUCUAGGCAGAUUUCUUUCUUUGUUUGGACUAACAAAAUCUGUUUAGUAAGUAGUUAAGUAAUAAUGAUUUGAUGUGUCAGGUCAAACUCAGGAUUUCAUAUCUGUUUAGUAAGUAGUUAAGUGAUAAUGAUUUGAUGUGUCAGGUCAAACUCAGGAUUUCAUAUCUGUUUAGUAAGUAGUUAAGUAAUAAUGAUUUGGAUGUGUCAGGUCAAACUCAGGAUUUCAUAUCUGUUUAGUAAGUAGUUAAGUAAUAAUGAUUUGGAUGUGUCAGGUCAAACUCAGGAUUUCAUAUCUGUUUAGUAAGUAGUUAAGUAAUAAUGAUUUGGAUGUGUCAGGUCAAACUCAGGAUUUCAUAUCUGUUUAGUAAGUAGUUAAGUAAUAAUGAUUUGAUGUGUCAGGUCAAACUCAGGAUUUCAUAUCUGUUUAGUAAGUAGUUAAGUAAUAAUGAUUUGAUGUGUCAGGUCAAACUCAGGAUUUCAUAUCUGUUUAGUAAGUAGUUAAGUAAUAAUGAUUUGAUGUGUCAGGUCAAACUCAGGAUUUCAUAUCUGUUUAGUAAGUAGUUAAGUAAUAAUGAUUUGAUGUGUCAGGUCAAACUCAGGAUUUCAUAUCUGUUUAGUAAGUAGUUAAGUAAUAAUGAUUUGAUGUGUCAGGUCAAACUCAGGAUUUCAUAUCUGUUUAGUAAGUAGUUAAGUAAUAAUGAUUUGAUGUGUCAGGUCAAACUCAGGAUUUCAUACUGUCGAUUAGUUGUGACUACGUAACUCCGUGUUACGGUCCGUUGGUUUGAAUAAUUUAGCAGUGAAUCCUUUCACGCGAUUUCAUUGGUGUGAUCAUUUGUACUAAUAAGAAUACAUAAGAUGUUUAUUGAUCCAAAGAAAAUGAAAUGUUUAUUAUUAUUUUUUUAUUUCAUGGUAAAAUGAAGACAAUUCAGCACAUAAAUAAAAACGUAUUUAAACAAAGACAAUAUUUUACAAUUAUAACAAUUUAAACACAAGACAUCUAAAGUUUCUCUCUAUCGUAGAAAUCGGCCAUGAAAGAUGUUGGCACUAACGAAUGGUGUUUUUGGAUUAUUUUAAACUGCUGGUUUUGUUCCAACAGUUUAUAGUAACGAAGUGGCUAUUCGUACCCGGGUACCAGUAGUGAGAGGCCCCGGACACGCAGCGCUGCCAUUCACACCCGUGUUCCUUUAGACCAAUGCGAUUCGGAUGUCAUUUGUGGUAGUUUCUUUUAGUUAAGUUUACAAACAUGUAGUCCACUCUAUUAUCUUUCCAUUUGAUACAAUUUUGUCUUAUAAACCCAACAAUAAAUUUUUAAAUAGUUUUUAGUCCCUACCUCUCACUUCUGGUACCUGGGUGCGAAUAGCCGCAGCCUUAUUGUAUUUCCAUGGCCGUGCUAAAAUUAAUGAACUUUCCAGUGGUUUUGCUGUGAGACAUUUAUUAUGAAUGUUUUUGUAUUUUAGAUGUAUGGGGGGAAAAAUCAAAUUCCAGCCGAAAGGAAAUUUUGAUGAUGAUUAUGUAUUGAUUAUAAAAUAAAGAUGCAAUGGUUUUAACAAACAUAACUAAAUACGUAUAAAUAUAUAAUUAUAUUUUAAUUUAUCUUUGCAAUCGAUGAUUAAAGAUAAUUGAUUCGCUUUCAUUCGUGUGAGAUGACAGAUGUAAAGGGAAUAAUGUUGUGAGCUAAUUGAGAUGACAGAUGUAAAGGGAAUAAUAUUGUGAGCUAAUUGAGAUGACAGAUGUAAAGGGAAUAAUGUUGUGAGCUAAUUGAGAUGACAGAUGUAAAGGGAAUAAUGUUGUGAGCUAAUAGAGAUGACAGAUGUAAAGGGAAUAAUGUUGUGAGCUAAUUGAGAUGACAGAUGUAAAGGGAAUAAUAUUGUGAGCUAAUUGAGAUGACAGAUGUAAAGGGAAUAAUAUUGUGAGCAAAUUUACUUAGACACUAGAAAUAACCCAUUAAAAGAAAUGUGGGCGGCGAUGGGUGAACUUCUUAUCUACUGAAAAGUUACUUGACACAUGAAUUCAAGUAACAUACUUAUUAAGAAUCCCUAGUGCUAACUUCUUUGGAAUUUUUUCUUUGCGCGCCUAUUGAACACAUCGUUACAGCCAUACAGGCCUAGAGAGUUGUUAUUUUAAACGACAUUUAAAGGGAAAUAAAUCCCCUACUUGAUGUGUGGGCCGUCUUGGAGGAGUAGCGAGAGUGUUUGGCGCCCGGGGGACAAGAUUCGCGCCCAGGGACAAGAUUUAUUUUAAAGCGCCCCCUUUUUUCUUUCUUCAACUCUCAAACCCAUUAUUUUCAUCAAUUAAAUAAUAUCAAGGCACAUUUUGGCCCCCUAACUAGCUGGCGCCCUGGGACAUCUUUCUCCCUGCCCACCUUCACUACGCCCCUGGGUAGUCUACAUUAUGUAGUCCCUCAAUCAAAAUGAAUCCUUUGUGGGUAAAGACCACCGUAAAAUAACAAUGAGACCUAUUUGUGUUGAUUUGUUCACUUGGUUUUUGAAGGGGUGUUAGUGUUUUAGACUUACGAUUUCACUUUCCUAACAAACAAUUAAUUGUUCAGGGUCACACAAUUAAAACGUCUCGAUUUAAAACCGCCACUGAGCACAGGUCAACUGUACACACCACCACUAUCUCCAUAGUCAGUCCUUACAUCUUAACCACAAACCCCAUCCAACCUCCACUCAGUCCACUACUAGAGGCUAGACAAAUGCAACCCUAUAUUCCCUAUUGACCCCUCCCUAACCCCCACCAUCUACCUCUUCCUUUCCUCCAACCCUUUCCCCCAUCUUCUUCACCACCCUUUACUCAUUGCUCUUCACCAUCUCCCGACCCUUUAACCACCCUCUUCCUAACUUCUCACCACCCUCUCCUCCACCCUGUCCUCCACCAUCUCCUCAACCCUCUCCUUCACAUUUUCCUACGAACUCUCGCUAUUACUCUUCAACCUUUCAAUACCCUCUCCUCCCCUCUGCUCAACCCUCUCCCCAUUACUCUUCACUCUCUCCUUCUCUCCUGCAUAUCACAAAGAAAGACUGUGCAGAAGUGUAGAUGAGCGCUUUAUAAAGCCAAAGGAUUCAUAUUGAAUCUACGUGGACAAAACUUAAAUAUGUUAUAUUUUUAUGAAUAUUUUAAAAUAUUUUCUCCACAUUAAUAUCUUUGCGUAAUGCAUUUUAAGAAAGUAUGGUUUUUUUUUCCUUUGUUUGAGUGGAUGAUUUUGUGCUCGUCUGUCAUAGAAAGUCUGUUUAAAUAAAAAAAAAAUUGUAUUUGCUUUUUUUAAUUUGUAAAGUAUUGACAAAAUAAAUAUUAUUAUUUUUGAGUGUGUUGAAUUUCAGUUGCAAAACUGUGUUAUUUGAAGUAUUUACCCUAAAACAGUAACUAGAGUUUCACACAACGUCAAACACAUAUUCUACACUGACACUAACACAGACACUAACACUGACACUAACACUAAGACGUCUGUCGACAAACUGACUAACGAAACAAAGAAAACUGAAUUGCUUACCACUUACCAUGCUAACUAACGCAACAUUGGCAGUGAAACCGUGCUAACACAACAUUGGCAGUGAAACCGUGCUAACACAACAUUAGCGGUGAAUGUAACGAUUCAGGAUAUUUUUUAUCUGCUAUGCAUGAAUGACCCUUAUUUAUGCCAUCAACAUGCAUCAGUGAAAAAAAAGGAAGAAUGUUUAAAAUAAAAAUAAAAUCUUGUGCACAUUAAAUAUUCUGCAGCUACACUACUUCAAGCUUAGAGCUGAAAAAAAAAUUCAUGGACGAAAUGGUUUCAGGCAAACAGGAUGUGAAAACGAAAUGUAUAUUUAUUUUGCGACGUGCGCAUACAUUGUGUUUGGUGAUGAGAUUACAGAAUUAAAAAAAAAAAAACCUCUGAUCUAUUGAGGCGUAUACUGCAACUAACAUUAUAAAUAAUAAAAUAAAUUUAUAUUUCACUAAACAUGCUUCUAGCAGUUAGAAAUUUGUUAUUAUUUGGGAGUUUUUUGGGUUUUUUUAUUUUAUUUUUUUAAAAAUAAAGCUUUAAUCAUAAGCAAAGUAUUUUUUAAUGUUUAAACUUAUACUCAUAAAUAAUAAAAAUUCUUUAAUUAACAACCCUAGGUAAGAAAUGGCCGGCUACAAUGGAGGAUCAGAUCCAUCUGGAAACCAGUUCACUCAUGAAUUAUCCUACACCAACUACAGCUACACACCAGAUGAACGGAAUCAACAAAAUGGCCAUGGAACCCCACCAUAUCACAGCAGCGACACGGAAGACUACCAAAACAAUAGCAGCUAUUUCAACAGCAGGGCGUCUUUGGGAGUGAAUGUAAAUGACGUUAAUAACACAUCUGCGACAACUCAACAGUAUACCGGUUACGAUGAACGCGACAACCUUGCCCUACCUGCAUCGGUAGAUCAGAAUCGGGGACAGCAGGGCAGAAGGCAUGAGGAAGUUGCUGAAAUAGGCGCCCUCAGGGCGUAUCACAGGGUAAGUGUUAAAAAUAACUUUAAGGUCAUGUUAAGCCAUGCCAAUGAAUGCUCUUCGUCUCGGUUACAAUGGACCAACAUGUUAUUAAUCUCUCGUUCAAUUUCUCAGUUUUCCAGUCAAACAAGUUUAAUUUAGAAACCUACCUUGUGCAAAAGGUCAAGGUAAUAAUUGUCCAUGGUACAAUAGGUAAAGAUAAUAGUUGUCCAUAUACAACAGAUAAAUAUAAUAAUUGAUCAUAGUACAAUAGGUCAAGAUAAUAAUUGUCCCUGGUACAAUAGAUUAAUAUAAUAAUUGUCCAUAGUGUAAUAGGUCAAGAUAAAAAUUGUCCACUGUGAAAUAAGACCCAAUUAAUAUUUAUCUCUGGUACAGUACGUCAUCUGUAAUAUUUAUCUCUGGUACAAUACGUCAUCUGUAAUAUUUAUCUCUGAUACAAUACGUCAUCUGCAAUAUUUAUCUCUGGUACAAUACGUCAUCUGAAAUAUUUAUCUCUGAUACAAUAUUUCAACUUGAGUAUUUAUCUCUGGUACAAUACCUCAACAAUACUUUUGGAUUUUUCGGGUAUAUUAGUUUUUAAAAAAAGAACAUUCAAAUUCUUCCAAAAUUUAUAGAUUCCCUUAACUGUUUUCUCAUGUCCAGGCCCUGAAAGCUGACAAGAUGAAGUUGAUGAAAGCUACGAAAGAAAUCCCGGAUGAUAAGAUGGCUGACAUGGAGCCUGUGGUCGUAACAUUUGUGGACAAGAAGAAUGGGGUAAAGUGUAGUGGAUAUUGAGUUGUCACAAACUGACACGCUGCAGUGCACCUACCAAUCGACACAGACGAUUUCAUUGGACACAGACGAUUUCUUUGGACCAGACAAUUUCCGUAGACAGCCAAUUUCAUUGCACACAUACAAUUUCAUUGGACACAGACAAUUCCAUUGGGUACAGACAUGACAUUGGACACCGAUAUGACAUUGGACACAUCCGUGAGUUUAUAUGACAUUCAGCACAGACAAAGCAGGUUGAGUGGCCAAGACUUUGAUCUUUGCACCGGUUUUUCCGUGGAGAGAAAGAGCGUUUAUGAUCUUUGCAUAUUUUAAGUAGCUAGGUAAUCUAUAUUGGUUUAGGUAAUCUAUCUUCUGUUAGGUAAUCGAUAUUCUGUUAGGGAAUCGAUUUUCUUUUAGGUAAUCGAUAUUCUGUUACGUAUUAUAUUUUAUGCUAGGUAAUUUAUAUUGUGCUAAGUAAUCUAUCUUCUGUUAGAUAAUCUAUCUUCUGUAGGUAAUCUAUCUUCUGUAGGUAAUCUAUUUUUAAUAGGUAAUCUAUAUUCUCUUCGGUAUUCUAUUUUCUACUAGGUAAUUUAUAUUGUGCUAGUUAAUCUAUCUUCUGUUAGGUAAUCUAUAUUCUGUUAGAUAUUCAAAAUUCUGUUAGAUAAUUUAUAUCAUUUUAGGUAAUUAUAUUCUGUUAAGUAACCCACAUUUUCUUAAAUAUUCGUAUUCUGCUAGGUAAUCUAUAUUCCUUUAGGUAUUCUAUAUUAUGUUUGGUAAUCUGUGGUAUGUUAGGUUCCAUAUAUACUCACAUGUAAGCCUACAUCGCCUAUAAGCCGACCCCCUAAAACUGCUUUAAAAUGGCCAGUUUUUUUUUGCAAAAAACCGCAUACAAGCCGACCAUAGUAUUUUUUCUUAAUUUUAUGCCAUUUUUGACUUCGAAAAUGAAUUCUCCAUGGUAAUAUUCACACUCAAUAUAAUUAUCAGCUAUGCAUACAUUAAACUUUUUGAAGUGGCACCUCUGUAUAUAUAUAUAUAUAUAUAUAUAUAUUUAUAUAUAUUAAUAAUCUGUACGCACAACCAAAUAAAGAGUCAGAUAGCGAUGAAAAUAUGUGGCUGGAAAAUUGCCAUUAGUGUCUGUCCUUGUGUCCAUUUUGUUUUAUGCGCAUAUAAGCCGACCCCCUGAUUUCAGUAUUGUAUUUUAUAGUUCUAAAUUCGGCUUAUAUGCGAGUAUAUACGGUAUUCUAUAUCUUGUUAGGUAAUCUAUAUUAUGUUAGCUAAUCUAUAUUAUGUUGUGUUAGGUAAUCUAUAUUAUGUUGUGUUAGGUAAUCUAUAUUAUGUUAGCUAAUCUAUAUUAUGUUGUGUUAGGUAAUCUAUAUUAUGUUAGCUAAUCUAUAUUAUGUUAGCUAAUCUAUAUUAUGUUAGCUAAUCUAUAUUAUGUUAGCUAAUCUAUAUUAUGUUAGCUAAUCUAUAUUAUGUUGUGUUAGGUAAUCUAUAUUAUGUUGUGUUAGGUAAUCUAUAUUAUGUUAGCUAAUCUAUAUUAUGUUUGGUAAUUUAUAUGAUGUUAUAUAAUCAAUAUUCUGUUAAGUAACAUAUAUUUUGUUAGAUGUUUUUUAUUCUGUUAGGUAAUAUAUAUUCGUUUAGGUAUUCUAUAUUCAGUUUGGUAUCUGUCUUAUGUCAGGUAUUCUAUAUUUUGUUAGGUAUUCUAUAUUUUGUUAGGUAAUCUAUAUUGUAGGUAAUCUAUAUUAUGUUAGGGAUUCUAUAAUGUUAGUUACUCUAUAUAUCAUGUUAGGUAUUCUAGAUUAUGUUAGGUAUUCUAUAUUAUGCUAGGUAAUCUUUAUUAUUUAUCUGUUAGGUAAUCUAUAUUCUGUUGGGUAAUCUAUAUUUUGUUAGGUAAUCUAUAUUCUGUUCAUUGUUUCUCCUCAAACAGAUUGAAUACGACGCGUUUGGACAAAUUAUUCCCCCGGCGCCUUUUGACGAUAGGACGCAGUCUGCUGCACCAGAAGAUUCUGAUGACGCCAUUUUGACCCCACACGAGCAGGCGUCUGAAGGCACGAGCGACUAUUCCCCAUACGGACACGACUAUCCAUCUCCCUACUAUCCACAGUAUCAAUCACAAGAUCAAUCCAUCUCACAGCAAAAUGUGCAAACCUAUCCCGCCCACCCCACUUAUGGUUAUGACCAGCCACCGGCCAACACCUUACACUAUGACCCCCAAGUGCCCCCACCUCAAUAUCCAGGACAGCCUUACACCGAAUGGCAAGGUGGGACAUUUUAUCCCCCCAAUUCAAACCAGACCGUCCAACAGUACGUCUACACUCAGGUAAAGUGCCCAAUACAUUGAGGAUAAUAAUAAUAAUAACAUAACCUGUUGCUCUGAUCAGCUGGCUGUGAUAGGGAUAGAGCUUUUAUAAUUCUAAUUUAUUUUUUCAAAGGCUAAUGUAAACAUCGUGAACUGACUAGUUCCUUAAACGAAGUUCUAACGCUCAUGUUAAAAACCUAAGAAUUUAAUUUACUGUCCACCAUUGUCGUCAAUCAUUCUUAGAACCCGGUGGUACCUUGAUGGACUAUCAACCGGGUUCAAGAUGGAUUGACGAUGUGGAGAAGGGCUUAAUUAAGUUGGGGAUCCAAGCAUGGAAGCUGAAAGCCAUGGAUCGACCCAUAAGCAAGGUUGCGGUGGAGCAGGAAGGGGCCCGACAUGGGCUGCAGCGACACUGAUGAUGAUGUCUGAAUGGAAGAAUGUGGUGGAGCAGGCCAGUGCAAUAUAUGGUCUGUAGCGCCACUGAUGAUGUCUGAAUGGAACGAUGUGGUGGAGCAGACCAGUGCAAUAUAUGGUCUGUAGCGCCACUGAUGAUGUCUGAUUUGGAAGGAUGUGGUGGAGCAGGCCAGUGCCCUAUAUGGUCUGUAGCGCCACUGAUGAUGUCUGAAUGGAAGGAUGUGGUGGAGCAGGCCAGUGCAAUAUAUGGUCUAUAGCGCCACUGAUGAUGUCUGAAUGGAAGGAUGUGGUGGAGCAGGCCAGUGCAAUAUAUGGUCUGUAGCGCCACUGAUGAUGUCUGAAUGGAAGGAUGUGGUGGAGCAGGCCAGUGCAAUAUAUGGUCUGUAGCGCCACUGAUGAUGUCUGAAUGGAAGGAUGUGGUGGAGCAGGCCAGUGCAAUAUAUGGUCUGUAGCGCCACUGAUGAUGUCUGAUUUGGAAGGAUGUUGUGGAGCAGGCCAGUGCAAUAUAUGGUCUAUAGCGCCACUGAUGAUGUCUGAUUUGGAAGGAUGGUGUGGAGCAGGCCAGUGCAAUAUAUGGUCUGUAGCGCCACUGAUGAUGUCUGAAUGGAAGGAUGUUGUGGAGCAGGCCAGUGCAAUAUAUGGUCUGUAGCGCCACUGAUGAUGAAACCGGCUUUAUGAAAAUCAUCCACUUCUAUAGAAACACAAGGCCGUUGUGUUACCUUUAGAACUAUUAAGUGUUGAUGUCAUAAAUUUUGUGUGUGCCACAUUACAACUUUGGUCCCCAAAAAUCACAGCGGCUCCUUGCAGACGCAGGGGUCGCAGGACACCCGCGACAACGCUUGUGGAACAAACACUUUGUAAGAACUGUCUUAAAUUUCCGCCAUUGCUACAAUGCUUUAUUUCAAUCAAAUGGGACCUUUUGAACCGUCACCCAAACGGCCCAUGUUAGGUAUUGAAAUUUUCUAAAUGAAAUAGAAUAUUUGUCUUUUUGAUGUUCCAGCCUGCCACUCCUGUGUCAGAAAUCCCAGACUACAUGGCCUGUAGCGUCGUGGUAUUUCUUUGCUGUUGCUGGCCAUUCGGCCUCGCCGCGAUACGGCUGGCAAGAGCGGUAAGACACUUUGUACUUCACGUUCAGUCGUGCUUCAGGUGUCUUUUGUUUUAAUAAUGCAACAAAUAUGAACUGUAACCAUAUAGCGUAUACAAUUAUGUGUAAUAUAAAGAGGGUUUUAGCUAUUAAAAAAAAAUUCAAUGGAAGUUACUAAAAAGGUGAAAGGUCAGCUAAUAAACAUUCGACUUCAACAAUUCAAGGACUUAAUUGGGUAACUGUAUAUGGGGCAUCAUAUAUCGGACACUACCGCCUUUACCACGCAAACAAGAACAAGUUUCAUCAUGGACAGUUUGAAUACAGAAUCUUUAGAAAGCUAUACUUGCUUAUGUUUACCGCUGACAGUUGUUAAUGUACUGCUGAUCGUUCUUAAGGUACUGCGGAAAAUUGUUAAUGUACUGCUGUAUCACCUCUAACACUAUAUCACCUCUAGAACUAUAUCACUUUUAACACUAUAUCACUUCUAACAUUAUAUCACUUCCAACACUAUAUAACUUCCUACACUAUAUCCCCUCUAACACUAUAUCACUUCUAACACUAUAUCCCUUCUAAUACUAUAUCACCUCUAACACUAUAUCUCCUGUAACACUAUAUCACUUCUAACAAUAUAUCACUUCUAACACUAUAUCACUUCUAACAUUGUACCACUUCUAACACUAUAUCACCUCUAACACUACAUCACUUCUAACAUUGUACCACUUCUAACACUAUAUCACAUCUAACACUACAUCACUUCUAACAUGAUAGGCUGUUAAAACACUCAACUCUACCGCACUGUAUUCAGCACAUUUUUUUUUGGUCCCGACGAAAGAAUUAAUAAUUUAUGCCCUUUAUGCAAACACCCGUUAUUCCUCGCCCAAUCUCUCGGCCAAUCAGCAUUCAAGGCAUGUCGAGCUACAACACAGGCUCUCUGCGAUCACAACAAAGAUUACAUUAUCAUUUAGAUGUGCUAAUACUUUGACACUCAUCCUCAGGCUAAAGAUUCGGCAAGGCAAGGCAAUUACGCCCAGGCCAUGGAACACGCCCAGGCGUCCAGAGCCUGGAACAUCACAGGCGUCUUCUUGGGCAUCGUGGCCUAUGUGGUCAUGGGCGUGUCCAUCUACUUCAGAAUCCAAUCGUUGAAGUCACAUUGAGCUCACCUGUUCGCGUUAGAAUCAGGCGCCUGGUAGCGAUUUACUUGCUGAUCAUUCAGCGUUAUGGAGCUCUAUCGGCAGCUACAUAUUAAAAAAAAAACAGGAUAAGCUGUAGAGAGAUUGAAGAGGGAGAAAGGUGAGAGAAGAGGGAAAAAGAGAAUGGGGAGAGAGCAAGAAGAGGGAGAGAGAGGGGAAAAGUCAGAGGGGAGAGAGGCGAAGAAGAGAACGAGGGAAAGAGAGAGAGAGAGAGAGAGAGAGAGAGAGAGAGAGAGAGAGAGAGAGAGAGAGAGAGGGAGAGAGAGAAAUGAAACACAAAUAAAUACUAUAUAUAGACAUUGAAAAAUAUUAUAAAAAAUAUAUAUAUAUAUUGGGGAGAGAGGAGAAGAAGAGAAAGAGGGAAAGAGAGAGAGAGAGAGAGAGAGAGAGAGAGAGAGAGAGAGAGAGAGAGAGAGAGAGAGGGGGAGUUAGAGAAAUGAAACACUAAUGAAUACUUUAAAUGGACUUUGAAAAAUAAUUUAAAAAAUGGAUAUUUAUAUUACAAUGAGAUUAUCUGUGAUUACUUAAACAUUUCUUAUUUUAAUUGUAUUGGUUUAAAAAAAAUCACUUUGAAAUAUAACUGCCUGAUUUUGUCAUAUUUUAUUUACAUUUUUAUACCUUUAAAACUUCACGCUGUCUUUCUAAACUAUUUGAUGGCCAAGGUUUUCGCAGAAUUAUUGUUAUAUUUUAAUGAUGCAAUAAAAACGUUUAAUUCAAAGUAUACACUCUUCUUUUUCCAUCUUCAAUCUUCUUGUCAAUCCUCAAUCUUCUUUUUCAAUCCUCAAUCUUCUUCUCAAUCCUAAAUCGUCAUUUUCAAUAAUCAGUUUUCUUCCUUCUUUCGUCAUAAAUCCGAGUACUUUUGUAAAAAAAAAUCCAAGUUUCGGUGAAUCUUAAAUCUCAAACAAUGCAUGAACAUUUGUGCCGUUUUUGAAGUGUACUCACGUGAAUAUCCCCGUAAUGCGAACAUUAAUAGUGGUGGGUUUUGAUUAGAUGUAAUAUACCAAUGUUCCCUUAAAGCUGCGCGGCCGCGCAGCUAUCUCACAGACGCCGCUCAGCAAUUCUGAGUAUCAGCGCAGCAAAUUUCCAUGUAAGCGUGUGUUUGUGUUUUUGGGCUGUAAAAUUGUGUACACAAAGAAAUCUGAUGCUGUAAAACUUUGCACACAACUGUAUGAUUUUGCACACGAACCAGGGAUUUAAUUUAUGAGACAUCUGCCAUUUUGUUUUUGUCAUCAAUAUAUCUCAUAAUUCCCUUUUUAUUAAUAUUAGCCUGAAAUGUAAACAUGUUAAGGAAAGUAAAAAUUUCAUAAUAUACUUUUUUAAAGGAAUCUCACGACAUAUUAUAUCAAAUAUGAAAAUGUUAACAAUAGUUCCCCUUAGCGUUUGUUGACGGUUUUAUUGUUGGUACAUUCAAAUAAUUCUAUUGUUUGAAUCUUUUAUUAAGAAAAAAAAAUCUCAAGGUAAAACCAUAAUGUAGUUCAAGUGAACAGACAACAACAACAAAGAAUAUAACUAGAAAUAAUAGUAAAUAUUAUAUUUAAACAAUUUUAACGAAGGUUAAUCGUUACAUAGAAGUACAAAGAGAGUAUGCGAUGUGUAUUUUAAGAAUGAACUUGGAGAUGUGCCUAUCCCCCAUCACCACACAUUUCCUCUCAGCGUGUAUAACGAUGGUAAACAGACUGGGGGAUCUACAUUCUAUGCAGUGACAUCAGAUGCAAUGGACGCCCUCACGAAAUUUCACAUGCUUUGUCUUAAUACAAUCUUUGACUUAUUUUGACCUACGAUGUGCGUCAUUGACAAGUAUGAUGUGUCGUUGUUGUGAGGCAAAGAGGACACCAGCUUUCUGUUAAAAAAAACAAAACAAAAAAAAAAAGAAAAUUAACUCCCAGAAGUAGUGAGACAAAACUAUAAAUAAAUCUAUUUAUUCUAUUAUAAAU